ACUCCCAAGCUAGCAUGUCUAAUCGUUAUGCACCAAUCCCUAAUCCACGCACUGACCCAGAACUAAACUCAGAACUAGAAGCUGCUUUUGACGACCCAGAUGACUCCGACUUUGAUGACGACGCUGACGAAUCUCGUCCUUUGACUUUCUCUCAUCCUCCUUCUUCGCUUCCAGCGACUUACAACUUCGAGUCACCGAUAUGCGACUACGACCAACCUCCUCCUGGUUCUCCCCCACAGCCUUCUGCUCAUGCUGUACCCAAUGAAAUCGGAAAUUCCAAUGGCAUAAUACCUGUUUUCACUGUAGAUUCUUUACCCCCUCCUCCAACCGGCCCAUGGUGGAAACGCACCGCUGCCUCUGUCCUACCAUCUCAUUAUGUUAGCCGCUGGGGUUUUAUUGGAGGUUCCGGUUCUGGCCGAGUCAUAGGUGGAGGCACUAGAAACGACGGUGUAUUCAGUAACGUAGCUGCCAAACCAUCCCAGGGUGUACGAGUUCAAGAAGGCGACAACGUUUACCUCGUUCCCGAAGAAUCAUCCAACACCGCUCCUCCCUCUUACGCAGCAGCUCAAGCUGACGCUGCUCCUCCUUAUCACACUCAUUCCAUAUUCCUUCCUUCCUCCCUAAAUUCCCACACUCUCACCCAAGGAUAUGUCGCCGUCGACGGUCUUCCUACAGGCACUCUCUUCUCAUUCCUCUGGAACGCACUCAUCAGUACCACAUUCCAAUUCGUCGGCUUUGUUCUCACCUGGGUCAUGCACACUACCCACGCUGCCCGAUAUGGCAGCAGGGCCGGUCUGGGCGUUACAUUAAUUCAAUGGGGCUUCGGCCUGCGCGCACGAUUAGACGACGUCAACGGCACAGGUCUAGCAUCAGACCCUGCAGAUGCCUGGCCUAGUAGUGCAUUCGCAAGCACACAAGAUGCUGAGGAAUGGGCGAACGCUAACCCCACAAUCACAUCCGAUGACGAUAUAAUUUCCUGGACCAACUCUGCAGACGGUGGAGCAGAUGGCAACGUUGGGUUCCUUAACAGCACAGCAGCUAAUGAAUGGCUUUCCUUCUUCCUCAUGACAGCCGGCUGGUUCCUCCUUCUUACCAGCGCAUUCGGUUUCUGGCGCGUCAAGCGCUGGGAACGAGGCAUUCUCUCUUCUACCGCGUCCACCACUUCUCCAUCUGCAGCAGACGAAGAGACGAGGAGGCAAACGUUUUUUGAGCGCCUCGGAGUAUUCCGUGUCCCUUCACCAACGGAAACCUCGGGCGCGGAUGGACCGGAACAGGUGCCUGCCCACGCUAGAGAUGACGGGAUUGCAAGAGAGAGAGGUGUCAUCCCAGAGUUAGAGAUGCAAAUGCUCAUGUCAACCGAUCCAGAUCGUUCACGACAGAUCAGGGAGGCAAUCGAGCGUGAGCGCAGGCUGUGCGAGGACUUGCGGGCUGCAGGGCUCUUGUAAGGGCUGCUUCAGGGAACGGGGCGGACGUAUGUUGUAUCGUGCUAAGUCGUCUUCUACAGACGUGCUAUCUAUUUUCCUAGGAGAACGAUAAUGGGUCAAAACGGCAUACACCGUAUUUAUUGUAAAUAUUUUUCUUGGUGUUUUUUUUUUU